CCCAUUGCAGUUCUGGGUGGCUCGAUCACGACAGAAAGAAAGGAGGGGAGGCCCAGGCAGAGCACGAGAAAUAAGGCAAAGGGAGAGGAGGAGGAGAGACAAAUCCCCUUUUGUCUCUCUCUCUCUCCCCCCUCUGUUCUUCGCCUCUGCCGCUCUUGCUUCUUUCUUUCUUUCUUUUCUAUCUGUCAGUUGGAUUGGAAGCAGAUUUCUUGUGUUUGCGAGAGGGUGGUGCUCACCAUUUGAGAUGUACCUCUCGCCCUUUUCCAUGACAUCUUCGCACAGCGCCGAGCAUGAGGCAGCAAAGGAUAGCACGACCAUCGUGGCCGUCGAUCGGGACAAGAACAGCCAGCAGGCAGCGAAAUGGGCGGUGGAUCGGCUCCUCGCGAGGGGCAGCACGCUCCAGCUGGUCCAUGUCAGGGCAAACAAUAACCCAAACGCUGAAGCAGGCCAUGGAGGCAAAGAUGAGGCGGACCCAGAGAUGGCACAACUGUUUAUCUCAUACAGAGGUUAUUGUGCUCGUAAAGGGAUGCAUCUGAAGGAGGUGUUCUUGGAUGGCAGUGACGUCUCCAAAGCAAUAACUGAAUAUGCCACUAGCCACGCAAUCACAGACAUCGUCGUCGGGGCAUCAACUAGGAACACAUUCAUCAGAAGAUUUAGAAAUCCUGAUGUCCCAACAUGCUUGAUGAAGAUGGCGCCAGAUUAUUGCACAGUACAUGUCAUACACAAGGGAAAGGCCAUCCAGGUGAAGGCAGCCAAAGCUCCAGCACCCUUUGCUACUCUCCCUCCAAAGCAAUACUCCCAAUCAAACUUAGAGUCCGAUGCAUUCUCAAGAUCCUCAAGAGGGGACUGGAAGAAGGUUUCUCAUCAAUCAUCUCCGAAGGCAAAUAGAACAUCGGUGGACCGAUUAUCUGCCUAUGCAAAGGCCCCAUCGAGGGAUAGGCCAAGGACAGCACCCCAAAAGAAUUUUGAUGACUACAUCGAUUUUAUAGCACCGCCAAGGCCCUCGGUGACUCGCAGUUCAUUUUCAGAUGACAUUGAUUUCCCGAUGAGCAUGGAGUUACCAUCCUUGGACUUCGCUGACUCUCUGGAGCUCUCUUCAGCGGUAUCCAUGGAAAGCCUAAGUUCCGCUGGGAAGGAUGCUGAAGCUGAAAUGAGACGGUUGAGACUGGAACUGAAACAGACAAUGGAGAUGUAUAACUCCGCAUGUAAGGAAGCUAUUGAUGCUAAACAGAAGGCAGCACAGAUGCACCAGAUGAAGAUGGAGGAGUCCAAAAAGUACCAAGAGCUAAGGAAUGCAGAAGAGGAAGCUCUUGCACUUGUUCAAAUGGAGAAAGCAAAGUGCAGAGCUGCACUGGAGGCAGCAGAAGCUGCGCAAAAAAUUGCAGAGCUCGAAGCGCAGAAGAGAUUGAGAGCAGAAUGGAAGGCAAAACGGGAGGCUGAGGAUAGAAAGAAAGCAACUGAUGCACUGAACAAAAAUGAUCUCCGGUACAGGAGAUAUUCCAUUGAUGACAUAGAAGCUGCCACUCAUAAAUUUGACAGGGCACUCAAGAUAGGAGAAGGUGGAUAUGGACCAGUAUAUAAAGCAGUACUGGAUCAUACUAAUGUUGCUAUUAAAAUACUAAGACCAGACGCAUCACAGGGAAGGAAACAAUUUCAGCAAGAGAUUGAAGUACUUAGCUGCAUGCGGCAUCCAAACAUGGUCCUCUUGCUUGGAGCUUGCCCAGAGUACGGCUGCCUAGUGUAUGAGUACAUGGACUAUGGAAGUCUAGAGGACCGGCUCUGCAGACGAGGUAAAACAUUGCCAAUCCCAUGGAGCAUCCGCUUCAGGAUCGCCGCCGACAUUGCCACUGGCCUUCUCUUCCUCCACCAGGCGAAGCCGGAACCGCUUGUCCACCGAGACCUGAAGCCCGCCAACAUCCUCCUCGACCACAACUUCAUCAGCAAGAUCAGCGACGUCGGCCUUGCAAGGCUGGUGCCACAGUCGGCAACCGAUGUCACGCAGUACAGGAUGACAUCCACAGCCGGCACGUUCUGCUACAUCGACCCCGAGUACCAGCAGACAGGCAUGCUCACCACGAAGUCUGACAUAUACUCACUCGGCAUCCUACUGCUCCAGAUCAUCACGGCAAGAUCACCCAUGGGGCUCACGCAUCAUGUCGAGCAUGCCAUAGAGAGAGGAGCCUUCCAGGAGAUACUUGACCCGACGGUGACGGACUGGCCGGUGGAAGAGGCUCUGGAAUUCGCAAAGCUGGCGUUGCGAUGCGCAGAGCUACGGAAGAAAGACAGGCCAGAUCUCGGAAAGGAAAUCUUGCCAGAGCUUAACAGGCUGCGCAAUCUUGGGCACGAGUAUGAAGCUGCCCAGGUCAGCAGCACGAGCACAAACUGUUCAAGCUCUGCACCAUAUAGUUUCAGCAAUGAUGAUGUCUCAAUUUCGUAAUAGUGUUCCAUGGCAGUAAGAAAAUCAAGCAUACUUAACCGAAUAGACUAUAGACAGACAGGAGAUUUUCUUUCUGGGUCUGGAAAACCACUGCUGUCUUUGCUUGUUCAGAUCCUAACUCAGACGAGAUGGUCAUGGACUGCAGCAUCUGAUGAUGGGGGCCUGACAUAGUUUCGGUCAACCAGAAGAGAUUGUUAGCAUGUAGAUAAGGGGAGCAUACAAAGGGAACUUAAGGUGUGCAUGUAUGUAACAUAGUAAAAUGCAAAAAAAAUUGUUGUAUCGGUUUGCCUCCUUUCUUUCAUCACCAGGCCAAGUGGCCAACACAC